UUUUCUUUAUCAGAUUCACAAAUAUCACACAGAAAUAGGAAACAAUUCUUUAAAUAAAAUAAGAUUCCAAAAGGAAAAAAGAAGAGAAAACAACGAAAGCAAAGCUUAUCAGUCACAGCAUCACUUGAUCUGCAGGUUUGAUCCUCACAAGCAUUUGCAAAAAAAAAUUGUAAAAAUUGAAAAACAGACAAUUAAAAAGAAAAUCACCGUUUCCAAGUUUUUUUUCACGAUGCACACUCUCAACAAGCACCCACUGAGUCCCAAAACUCCCACUAGCACUACAGUCUCCACCACCAAGAUGCUAGACCGAGCCCUCUCUUCUCGCCGCGUAUCUCCAUAUCCAGACGACACCGUCUCCGACGCCGAUACGUCACUCAUUUCCGGCGACGAGUCAAAAACUAAGAAACAAAGCCUUACCUUAUUAGCUACUAAUUACUUUUCACGAUUGUCCCAUCUCUGCCCUUGUCCUACACCCUGUCUAAUCCUUUGCCUACUCGUCGUUUUGGUGUCAACUGGGUCUUUGCUCUUUCAUUCUAGGAAUUUCGUUUGUGUUUCUCCUUUUGAUCCUGCUACUAGGGUCGGGUUCUUCGGUUUUGAUGGUCUUGAAUCCGAUUUUGGUGCUCUUGGUGUUCCUUGGUGCAGAUCGAAACAUGGAAAAUCAGUCGAGUGGACAUCCAAGGAUUUGCUUAAGGGCUUGGGAGAGUUUGUACCAAUAUAUGAAACUAGGCCAAUCAAAAACAACAUGUAUGGAAUGGGUUUUGACCACAGCUUUGGGCUUUGGUUUAUUGCAAGGUGGCUGAAGCCAGAUCUGAUGAUUGAAAGUGGUGCCUUUAAGGGUCAUUCAACCUGGGUCUUGAGGCAAGCAAUGCCAGAUACACCGAUUAUUUCACUUUCACCCAGACAUCCUGAGAAAUACCUGAAAAAGGGCCCUGCUUAUGUUGAUGGAAACUGCACUUAUUUUGCUGGAAAGGAUUUUGUGGAUUUUGGAAGUGUUGAAUGGAAAAGUGUGCUGAAGAAACAUGGGAUUACUGAUCUCAGUCGAGUCCUUAUCUUUUUUGAUGACCAUCAAAAUGAAUUAAAAAGAGUUAAGCAGGCGAUGGAUGCUGGCUUUCAACAUCUUGUUUUUGAGGAUAACUAUGAUACUGGUACUGGAGAUCAUUAUUCCUUAAGACAGAUAUGUGAUCAGUCGUAUAUAAGAGGAGGUGGUCACAGCUGCUUUAGGGAUAGCGACGAGAGCAGGCUUAGAUCAAAAAGGAAGAAAUUCUGGGAGAAGGCAGUUGAUAUAGAUGAACUAUGUGGCCCAAAUGAAGCAUGGUGGGGAGUUAGAGGCUGGAUGAGGGAUAAUUUUAAUCACAGUAAUAAGCCAAUUUCUUAUGAGGAACAUUUUCAGAACAGCCGGUUUAUUGAAUCAGUUCUUGAUGUUUACUGGGAGCUUCCUCCAGUAGCUGGUCCUUCCCUCACACAUCAAACACGGUACGAUCCUGCUCGAACUAGCCCACCUAUUGUUGAAGAUGGUCGUUAUGGCCUGUUUCAACGGCUUGGUCUUGGUAGACUGGAGACUUCUGUAUUUAAUGGCUAUACCCAGAUGGUAUACCUUAAGAUCUCGGGACUGGAAUCUUAAAGCUAUUCGGAGUAGAUGGCCGAUUGGUUAGUUUUACCUAGGUUGAUUGAAACACGGAAGUUGUCAAUAUAAUGCUGUUCCACAUAGGUGUUCAGAACGAAUCUUGCAAACGUUCCCUGUUUUUCUUUUCUUUUUUUCUUUUUUUCCUCCCUCUCUGUUCUCUUCCUUUUUUCCAUUUUCAUUCAAUUUUCCAAGUUCCUUGAUCUCAUUACCUUUUCUAUGACAUGUUUAGCAUCCAUUCCUGUA